GGCGGCGCCAGCGCGGAUCCAAGAAACCCGCGCGGAGCGCCAAACUUUUAUGCUUACGGCGUUUUCUCUUCUUCGAAAGUUUCCGCUGGCUCUCGGCAAAGACUGGGGGGAGCGGCGGCAGGAUGCGGCGGCAGCAGAGCGGCGCCAGCACCACCACGCGCACCAGCACCUACGCGGGCCGCGCGAAGGGCAGCCAGGGGCUGACCGCGCAGGAGAGAGAGAGAUCAUCGACGUCUCCUACGAGGCGUUCCGGGACGACGACGGCUACGUCACGACCCAGCGCCUGCGAGAGGCGUUCGCGACCAUCGGGGCCCUCGGCGACGUCAACGACGAGGACAUGGCGAGGCUCAUCGACGACAUCGACGAGAGCGGGGACGGCAAGAUCGACGAGGACGAGUUCCGAAGCGUCAUGACGCGGAAGCUCCUAGGGGAGGACGACGAUCCUGGCACCUUCGGCAACCCCUGCGAGGACGGGUACAUCCCGCUGCCCGAGCUCCGAGAGGUGCUGAUGAAAGAAGGGGAAAACCCUCUCACGGAGCACGAGUGCGACGAGCUGAUGAUGCUCGCGGACCUCGAGGGCGACGGGCUGAUAGAGUACAAGUCUUUUUUGCGUUGGCUUGUGAAUCCAGACGGCCACUAAAGCGCAAUCUGGUCAGAUUAAGUGUUCGGUUUGCUUUGAUGUGUGACCGCCGCGAGCUCGUAGUUCAUUUCCCCGCUUGUUCCUUCGAGUGAGGGAGGAGGUGUCAUGCUGGGUGUGGCGAGGCUCCCUUGCCUGGGACAUCGAAUUUCGAGUCUCAGGUUUCGUUUUCGAGUAGUUCGUGACGUGCCGAUCGCGCAAAUUGUGCGCGUGUCGCCAGUGCUUUCGGGGUUGCGUUGAGGAUUUGAUUCCGCUGGCGGCCGGUCGCGCUUGGUGACACGGUGGUUUGUUGAACGAGAGUUCAUGUGAAGAAGUUGUACACCAAUGUGGAACACACGCACGAUGAAACUAAUCGCACUGCUUUUGGAUGACCCACCAGAGUCCGGAGUAGGAACAGCUGACCCAUACAAAAGCAGGAGGCUUAAUUGGAUGUAUGUUGUCAGAAUUGGCACCUCCCCAACGCCGAAUCGCGCAGAUGCGUUCGGCAAGUGGGGGUCCCAUCAUUGACGUUUGUCUUGUAGGAGAACUGGUGCACACUUGCACCUCUGGUUCCAUGCCCACCUCCACGGUACGGCGGGCUCUUCCGGUCCCCCCUAACGUUGCCCCUCACAUGCGCCUUUGUCUCGAACGUUUCACCCUGCAUGGCCUCCGCCACUGAUCGAAUGAUCUUCCACGGCGAGAGUUCCGCGGGCAGUGCUGGCAGGGCGUGGAGAACUGCCGAGUGCCAUGGGCGUCAGGUUGCCGUGGUCCUCACGAGGGUAGUGCUUCUCCGCGCAGCGCUCCGCUCCUCGGAAA